UGAUCUCCCACCAGAAAAGAGAGACAGAGAAAUGUCGAAGCAGGGUGGUGAGGUCGUAUGCGUCACCGGUGGAAGCGGCUGCAUUGGAUCAUGGGUCGUCCGCCUCCUCCUCGACCGCGGCUACACCGUCCACGCCACCGUGCAAGACCUUAGCGACGACGGCGAGACUAAGCAUUUAGAAGCCCUAGAAGGUGCUCCCGCCCGGCUCCGCCUCUUCCAGAUAGACCUCCUCGACUACGCCUCCAUCUCCGCCGCCGUCCACGGCUGCUCCGGCGUCUUCCACCUCGCCUCUCCCUGCACCGUCGACCAAGUCCACAACCCUGAGAAGGAGCUUCUGGACCCAGCGGUCAAAGGCACGCUGAAUGUUCUCACGGCGGCGGAACUGGCCGGCGUCGGGCGCGUGGUGCUCACGUCCUCCAGCUCGGCCAUCACUCCCAGCCCUGGCUGGCCGGCCGACGCCGUCAAGAGAGAGGAUUGCUGGACUGACGUUGAGUACUGCAAGCAGAAGGGAUUGUGGUAUCCUUUGUCGAAAACGCUGGCGGAGAAAGCUGCUUGGGAAUUUUCCAAGGAGAAGGGGCUGGAUGUGGUUGUGGUGAAUCCGGGGACAGUGAUGGGUGAUGUUAUAUCGCCGAGGCUGAAUGGUAGUAUGUUGAUGCUCCUACGCCUACUUGAAGGCUGCACUGAAACAUAUGAAAACUUUUUUAUGGGUUCUGUGCAUUUCAAAGAUGUAGCUCUGGCGCAUAUUAUAGUUUAUGAGAACAAAGCAGCCUCUGGCAGGCACUUGUGUGUUGAGGCAAUAUCACACUAUGGUGAUUUUGUGGCAAAGGUAGCUGAACUGUAUCCCGGGUACAAGGUUCCCAGUUUGCCAAAGGAUACACAGCCGGGGCUGUUGAGGGAAAAGACUGGAGCAAAAAAGCUCAUGGACUUGGGUAUAGACUUCAUCCCCAUGGAUCAAAUUAUCAAGGAUGCUGUUGAGAGCCUAAAAAGCAAAGGAUUUAUUUCAUAAAUGCUGCUCUGAUCGGCAUAAAAACUUAUCAGGGACAAAUAUCUUGUACAUGUGGUGUGGAAAUGUACUUAGCUAGUUUUAACGGUUGGUAAUUAUACUAUGUUAUCAGCCAUGUUUCCAUGCAAGCUCUAUGUAUAUAAACGUAUACUUGUGAGAACUCAGUACUCAAAUUAUAGGAUUGACUUGAAUCGUAAAGGAAUGAAGUUUCUCUCCCUUGUA